UGUAACCACAUUCACGUUAAGAAAUAGAUCAUUUACUGAGCAAUUAAACAACCGAAAUUCUGCUAGUUUCCAGACACUUUCUCGAUUCAUCAAGAACAAUUUUGACGCAGUAUUUUCUACUUCCGAAUAUCGUCGCACGAAUAUCUAUCGAUUCAGAGAAAGACAAAGAAGUGUCAUCUGUGAGGCGGAAAUCGUGAUGGUCGGGCUUUCAGAUUCCCCUGUGGAUAUUAUCAAAGUUAUUAAAGUUUUAGAGAACAGUAACACAACUGGAAUGAUCGGAAACAUUUCAAUUGUUCCAAAUUCCAUUACUUUUGCUACUGAUCUACCAGCUCUGACAGACAUUAGAGUGGAAAUUAAAUACAGUGGUUUCUUCGGGGAUACACUGGAAAUAAGUUGUAACAUAAGUGGACCAUUCCUACCCAUCUUUCAAUGGGAAAAAGACGAUACGGUUCUGUCAUUUUCAUCGAGGGUAAAGAUUGAGAACGAUAAUCAGGGAUCACGCUUGUUUGUCCGAAAAACUGGGAAGUCAGACUCGGGCGAAUAUUACUGUAUUGUUAGUAAAGGGGAAGAUAGGAUCGAAGCCAGUGUAUCUGUCAACGUGAAAGUCAUUCCAGUAGUUAAAGUUUCUCCAUUAUUUGUAUCCGCCUCAGAAGGUGAUGCAAUAACAUUAGAAUGUGAAGUGACGCAGGGUGAUGAUUCAAGUGUAAAGAUUACGUGGUUCAGCUCUGAAGAAUCUGGUGUUAUAAACGAAACUAGAAAAUUAGACCUAUCAAAAACACAGCUUUCUGGUGGACAGAGAUACACUGCAAAAUAG